AUGGGCAACCAAACUUCCGAAACUUUGAAGCAGAAGUUCGAAGCUUCCAUCAGUCAGUGGAUGAAGCAAGUCCAUGAGGCAGAGGAGGAAGCUGCACUUGUUCAGGGCCUCGCGAAAGAGGUGGCAGAUGCAACGAUGCUCUCCUGCGAGGCGCGGCAGGCCGUCGGGAAGAUCCUGGCGUCGCCCUACGUCCACUUGCGAAGGCCUCGCAGCCGCAUCCGUGAGGCUGCAAAGGCAGCCCCCGAUUUCUGCAUCGCUGCGCGCUGGCUGGGGGAGCACUUCGGUAUACUGGAGUGGACGGAGCUCCCCGGCGGCUUCUCAUGGGUGGAGGUGGAGGACACCUUUGACCAUGGUCCCAAGAGCGACCUGAAGCCUCUAAGGAUGGCACCGCCAGUCGUCCUGGGCCUCCUUUGCUGGCAGCGCCGGGAGCCGUGCAUGCCGCCGCUCAGCGCAACAAACGCGGUGGCCACCAAGGGCGUGGCGCAAGCUGCGAGCAUGUCCAGCGAAGUUCCCAGGAGCGGCAACAGUUCCACAAGUUCUGUGCAGCCCGAGCCAGCGCAGGAGCUGUCGGCAAACGACCCCAACGUCCGACUCUGCAGCGACAUUGCCAGGCUGAAGGCCGUGGACUUAGCAGACGUCGACCCGGUGAGCAGAAGCUGGAUACGCGACAGACCGGUGGAUGAGACCACUCGAUCUCUGCAGCAGACAGUGCAAGGGGCCGUUAAGCGGCUUGCCGCCGACUUGUACAGCACGGAGACCCACUUCCUCCUGGAGCUGCUGCAGAACGUCGACGACUGCAGGUUCGUGGCAAACGAGGUUCCCCGGCUUCGCCUGCUUCUGGAGGACAGCAGGCAGGAGUACUCCCAGCUCACGAGCUUGGCCGAG